AUGAAUGUGGAUGAGAGUCUGAAGCUGGGUACCUCCUUCCGGAGCGGGCGCUGUGGGGACCGCGCCGGGGAGCGCAAAGGCAAGAAGGAUGACAACGGAAUCGGCACGGCCAUCACCUUUGUGCUGUCCAAUGCCCGGCUGGUGCGGGGGGUGGGUGGAGCAGCCAUGCUGGGCAUCGCCAUGCUGUCGGUGAAGCAGAUGUACGACCGGGCCAUCAGUGCCCCUACCAGCCCUACCCGCCUGAGCCACUCAGGGAAGAGGGGCUGGGAAGAACCAACCUGGAUGGGGUCCCCGCGCUUGCUGAACAGGGACAUGAAGAUGGGCCUGAGCCGCUCCCUGCAAACCCUCCCCACAGACGCCGCGGCCUUCGAGCAGGAGAAACUCCUUCCUCACUACCGGAACCGGGCAGCCAUCCCUGCUGGCGAGCAGGCACGGGCCAAGCAAGCUGCCAUGGACAUAUCCGCCGAGCUGCGGGGCUUCCUGCGGGCCAAGGUGCCUGACGUGCCGCUCUGGGACAUGUACCUGAGUGGCAGCCUCUACGACGACCUGCAGGUGGUGACUGCCGACCACAUCCAGCUCAUCGUGCCCCUCGUGCUGGAGCAGAACCUGUGGUCGUGCAUCCCAGGCGAGGACACCAUCAUGAACGUCCCCGGCUUCUGCCUCGUCCGCCGUGAGAACCCGGAGUACUUUCCUCGCGGCAGCAGUUACUGGGACCGGUGCGUCGUGGGGGGCUACCUCUCCCCAAAGGCAGUGGCCGACACGUUUGAGAAGGUGGUGGCCGGCUCCAUCAACUGGCCGGCCAUAGGGUCCCUCUUGGACUAUGUGAUCCGACCGGCUCCACCUCCAGAGGCCCUGACGCUGGAGGUGCAGUACGAGCGUGACAAGCAUCUCGCCAUUGACUUCCUGCCAUCUGUGACCCUUGGCGACACUGUUCUGGUGGCCAGGCCACACCGGCUAGCCCAGCACGACAACCUGUGGCGGCUGAGCCUCCGUCCCGCCGAGGUGGCGCGCUUGAGAGCUCUGGACCAGGCUGACACGGGCUGCCAGGCCCUGUGCCUGAAGAUUCUCAAGGCCAUAUACAAGUCCACGCCUGCACUGGGCCACCUCACUGCCAGCCAGCUCACCAACGUCAUCCUCCACCUGGCCCAGGAGGAGGCCGACUGGUCUCCAGAUGUGCUGGCCGACCACUUCCUGCAGUCCCCUGAGGGACUGAUCAGCUACCAGGAGGCCAGGGUCCUGCCCAGUGCCCUCAACCCCAAGGUGAACUUGUUCUUGGAGCUCACCCCUGAGGAAAUAGACGAAUUGGGAUACACUCUCUAUUGCUCCUUGUCUGAGCCAGAGGUGCUGCUGCAGAGGUAGGGCGGUGAAGGCCAA